GGGGAUUGGAGCACCUGAAUCACAUGAUUAGGAGGGGAUUGGAACACCUGAAUCACAUGAUUGCGAGGGGAUUGGAGCACCUGAAUCACAAGAUUGGGAGGGGAUUGGAACACCUGAAUCACGAUUGGGAGGGGAUUGGAACACCUGAAUCCAAUGAUUGGGAGGGGAUUGGAACACCUGAAUCACGAUUGGGAGGGGAUUGGAACACCUGAAUCCAAUGAUUGGGAGGGGAUUGGAACACCUGAAUCACAUGGUUGGGAGGGGAUUGGAACACCUGAAUGACAUGAUAUGGAGGGGAUUGGAACACCUGAAUCACAUGAUAUGGAGGGGAUUGGAACACCUGAAUCACAUGAUGAGGGGAUUGGAACACCUGAAUCACAUGAUUGGGAGG